AUGGUCGACGCGGCCACCCAAUACUCGCCUCCUCAACCUCGACAGCCCACUCCCACUUCCACCCGCGCCGCCUCCACGACUACGACUACCACUCAAACCACAGCAACCUCUCAAACGCCCACUUCUACCAUCGCUGGUCUGCAGCUGUCCGAGGGUGACGAUUCCUCACUCGAUACCUCCACUCCAGCCUUGUCACCCGCUCCGCCACCACCUGACAACCUUGCUGCGCCAAAACCUCUACUGAAAUCAGACGUGGCUGUACCGCAAUCUCAAUCCAAGAGGCACGCUGUCGAUCCAGCCUCCGCCACCCCUCUCACUGUCAACGGCAACCAUCAGCACCAAGAGUCAGAUGAUCACCAUUAUUCUCCCAUCAAAAAGCCCCGCCCAGAUGCCCCCCCCGUUCGCAAGAUGCCUCUCUUGUAUGAGGAUUGCAACACUCGCGAUCUAGUUGUCCUAAUCUCCUCCAUGCUUAUGGAGCUUAUACGCUAUAAUGAUGCCAUCCCUCUGCGAGAAGGGCAUCUAACUCGCUUCCACUCACGGGCGCCACCAGGCAUCUCGGUUCUCGACUAUUUACAGCGCCUGACCACUCAUGCCACCCUAUCUCCACCUAUUCUUUUGAGUAUGGUCUAUUACAUCGAUCGUCUCUGUACCCUUUACCCGGCCUUCACCAUCACAAGCUUGACGGUCCAUCGCUUCCUAAUAACAAGUGCCACAGUUGCCAGCAAAGGCUUGAGUGAUUCCUUCUGGACCAACAAGACUUAUGCAAGAGUCGGAGGUGUCAGUAUGAAGGAAUUGGCCCUUUUGGAACUCGAAUUUCUUACCAAGAUGGAGUGGCGCAUUGUUCCUAAGCCAGAGGUCUUGUGUGACUACUAUAAAUCUCUUAUAGGGAGGAAUUCUCAAUACGAGCUCGAGAUGUGA